UAACAUCUCUCUCUUUCUCUCUCUCUCUCUCUCUCUCUCUCUCAAUAUCACCAAGGCACUGACACAUUGCUGCUCCAGCUUUUGCCUUGCCUCCUUCCCUCACAGCCUGUCAUGUCUGAAUUAUUAACCCCAUGAUUAGAGUUUUAAAAUCUGAGCUGUUUCCUUUGUUGUUUCUGAGUAAAGGGUUGAACUGCCAAGAGGCUUGCAACUGUCUAUGAGCUUUUUCUCCAAAUUCCCAAGGUGUUGCACUUCUUGGAUUGAUCCGUCCCCUUUUUUUUUUCAACCAUGAUUCAAGGAGAAACAUGAGAGAAUUGGCCACUUGUUAUAUUAGUAUUGGUUUUCUUAGUAAGGCUAACCUAUGGCUCAAAAUGCUGGCAUGAGGGAGGAAGAUGUUCAAUGAACUUCAUCAGAGAAAGCUGCAAUUUUGGUACAUCUUACAACAGGCAUGGGAACCAAAAUUGACUAUUCCAUGAACCUUCUAGCAUCCUCAGUAGACAGCAACAAGUUCACUGUGGGUGGUGUGAAUGUCUGGGAACAUUAUCAGAACAAAGGACUAACUAACAACCACUGCAGUAUUGGAGUCGAUAAAUUGCAAGAUCCCAUGGAUAGGAUGCAUGACAGAAACAAUUUAGAAUCCAUCAAAAAGACAAUGCAGAUGCAUGAAGACAUCUUCAAAAACCAGGUAAGGGAACUACACCGGGUAUACAGUGUGCAAAAGAUGUUGAUGGAUGAGCUCAAAAAGGAAACCAAACAAAAGAAAUUUUGGACCCCCAUGAACAGCUUAGGUAUAAGUCACCCUCAUUUCAUUCCACAACAACAGCAAACACCACAAAUUCCAUAUGGGCCUGAUUUCCAUGUUCAAAGUUUGAAAGAGGAUAUUCUAUGCUCAAAGGAAAGGAGUGGAAGCUGUUCUGGAGAGACCAUAAAAAAGCAAAGGGGUUUUGACCUUGAAACACAUGGCUGUGAUGAAGGUGAAGCAGGACCUAGCUCCUAUACUGCAUUUCAGAGUUGUAAAAUAAACAGUGAUGGUUUUGAUGAAGACAUGGAAGUGGAUUUGACAUUAAGUAUUGGAGGCAUCCAUGUUAAUAGUAAUAAGAAGAAAAAAUGUUAUCUGCUUCAAUCAGGAUGUUCAGAAUCACCCAAUGAUAAAACUAGGGACCUAAAUUCUUCUGUCUCUUUCCAAUCAGAUAGAGUGGGAGAUUGCAGUGACCCCAACACCCCUAUAAGCAGUUCCAGUGUGACAUUUGAUCAAGAAAGAAAAGGGCCACAUUGGCUUUCUCAAGGUUUAAAGCUUAAAUAGGAGUUUAAUUUGUUUGAUUGUAUCAUUCCUCUCAACUCUACAUGGACCACUGAAUUUAUAUGGUUCACAUGUUCAGAUUCCUAAGUUUUUUACUUUAUCCCAAUAAAUGGAU